CCUGCUCCCUGGAUACCGACACAAAGUUUCGGUACGCGGACAGCGACUCUGAUUACCGGAUUUAUGUAACUUAAUUUUUUUUUUUUUUUCUUAAAACUGGAACAAACAAUACGACGCCAUGGCGAACGCCCACCGGACAAACGUUUUGGUCACUUCGUGUUUGAAAACGCCGGUAGACCCGCACACCAAAGCGCCGUUAGCUUCUUACGAGCGCGAGAGAGUGCUGCCGUACACGGCUACAAGUCAUAUGGACAACCGGGACUACGAGAAGGAGCUGGAGUAUGAGGACUCAGGCUCUGAUUUCUGUGAUGAGGACUACGUGGCGAAGGGCGGCCCUCUUUUGAUGACUGACUACAGAGCAGCAGGAGACCGCCUCGACCUGAGUGAAAUCUUCUUCUCCAACGAGGAGUACUACAGCAAGCUGGAGGAGCUGAAGAGGGCCCACCUUCGCACCAUGGCUGAGCUGGAGAGCAUGUAUCGGCGGAAGCUGCAGCUCAAGGCCAUGGAGCCUCUGGACGUGACGAUGCUGGAGACAGGCAGGCACAGGCUGCCGUGGUUGAACAGCAGCCCAGCAGCUUCACGCCAUUUGAGGAAGUCGCACUCUGCUGUUGAACUCAGGAGGGGCUCCAGACAGUCAGACUCUUCAGACGAAGAUGAAGCUGCCAGUAACGAUGUGGAGAAAGGCCUGCUUUUUUCUCCUAAAGAACACAUCAAAAACAUGUGGCAGGAUUUUAAGCUGUCCCCCUACAAUCGCCACCUUACAUCCUCCUCAAUGCACAGCCUGCCAGCAGACCAGAAAAGACAGCGAAAGGGAAAAGGAAAGAAGAGGCAGGGGCAUAAAGACGGAGAGCAGGAGCACUGGAAACACAGAAUGACCGUCCCGAAACCUUUUCAGAUGACGGUGCGUGAGGCUGAGAGACGAAAGCGUGGCAUAAAAACACGCUCAGAGAUCGAACAGGAGAAUGCAGAGCUGCGACGGCAGCUAGAAGAACUGACAGAGUGCCAGAAGAAGUUCCGUGCCAGCCCCGUACCAGCUCAUGUUCACCUCCCGCUGUAUGAAGAGCUGCAGGAGCGCACCGAAGAGCGGCGGCGAAUGAGAGAGCGAGAAGAUCAGUAUCUUCGAUCCAUCCAGAAGCCCUUCAGCUUCCUGGAGAGGGAGCGACUGAAGAAGGAGCAGAAACAGCUGCUGAGCCCACAACUGUCUGACCGGGAGAAAUUUAAACCCUUCAAGGCCAAGCCUGUGCCCAAGGCAGUGUACGCAGCAGCAUCAGGGGAGCAGAUGAAGGAGGAGCAGCUGUAUCGGUCCAUCAAGAUACAGAUGAGAGCUCAGGAGAUGCUUAGCAGUGCUUCAAUGCCCCCCAGCAUGCUUGCACGACGGCUCAGUGACCGCAAGAAGACCAAAGACGGCAGCGCUUCAGAGGAUGAAAACUUCUCCCACAAGCCCCAAAUUAAUAAGGAGGUGCCAGACUUCGAUGCCAGUUAUCGACGCUUCCAGAAACACCUGGAGAAACAUAAAGAAGUGAAGCCCACGACUGCAUGCGAACCCUUUGAAUUGAGGACGUCGCACAUCACUUCACACCGUGAACGCAUCCUGGCAGACAUCGAGAAGGAGCAGACCAGCCCUCGGAUAACACGCUGGCCGUACAUCAGCCCCGGGCCGACUCGUACGGCAAACUCAAGUCUGUGUUCAUCCCUCUCUGGUAGCCUGGAGCUCCUGCCCACCAAAGUCACAGAUGCCACCAGAAAGCGCCAUGAGGCUGUGAGAAAGGUGCUGGAGCAGAGGAAGAAGGCUGAGGAGGAGGAGGAGCAGUGGAAGGAGAGGCAGAAGCAGAGGGAGAAGAAGCUGCAGAAGGUGGUGUUAAAACGAGCGCAGGCCAACGACCCCCACACGGCUCUCUCACAGACGCACCCGUCCAAACUCAAAGAAUUCAGGAAACAAGAGCUUCAGCGCAGGAGGGAGUACCAGCAGGAGGUAAAAGAGAUGCAGCGAAGAGUGAAGGGGAGGCCGCUGCUGCUGGAGCAGGUUGCACAGAGGAAUGCCAAACAGGCAGCGGAGAAGCGCUACACAGACGCCCUGCACGGAUGUGAUCUGACUGAAGAGUUUAUCAGCAGCAAGGCGGCCAAAUCAGGAUCUGCACGCAAAGCCUCCCCGUCCAGUGACAGCAGACAGAGUGACCAAGACGAGCCCGACAUGGGAUACAAACCUGUUCACUACAGAAGGGUCUUCCUGGAUGAUGAAGAUGUGGACGUGGACACAAGGGACGGAGGGAGCGACGCGACUUCACUAAACCACCGUGAUGAAGAGGAAGCCAGCAGUCACCACUCGGAUCAGGAUUAUCGCAGAAAUGAUGAUGAUGAGCACUCAGAUGAAAGUUACCACUACUCAGACGAUCAUGAGAAUUAUUCAGACGACAGCGAGCAUGAUGCUGACACCACACAGCAGGAAGCAGGGGAGUGAUGUCAUCAACAGUCACGAUAUAAGUGGCCAGUGCUUUGCUCAAGAGCUCUGAUAGAGGAAACUGAGCAAAACUGAACACAUCAAGUGAAGAGGAGCACUGGAGAGGAAGCUUCUUACUCCUUACAUGAUACGAUUUUAUAUUUUACUGUAAAUACUGUGCUCAUAAAGGUGCUGUAUGUAACUCUGGAGAAAGGUAGGUCAUUGUUGGACCAAACCACCCAAAGCGUCAGUUUUUGACGACUUGGAAAUAAGACUCGUCAAUCAACUAUCUUUCUCCAGAGUUACAUAAAGCACUCCCAAGACUGGAAAAUGUGAUAUCUUUAGCCCAAGACUGGAACUGACUGUAUCUGAAAUCACUCCCUUGAUCAUUUGUUGACUAUUCCCAACAUAGUCAAUAUGUAUUAGUUCACUCUGUGGUCAGCGGUUGACAGAGAUUUUGAACACUUUCAAAUCAUUUUGCAUCAAUACUGAAAUAUUUAAUUUUGCAUAACUGUAAUUUACACAUCUAUGAAAUAUGAAGCAUUGCAUUGUGUGAUUUUUAGCAAAAUGCAGUGCAUGUAAUGAGCAUUCUUUGCUCCAGUGUAAGCACUAGGCUUGCAACUGUAUGAGAUUUUCACAGUACGAUAACUGUCUCAGAAAAUAUUGCAGUUUCACGGUAUCACAAUAUUAUAGACUUUAUAUUAUUAUCAGUCAAAAUGACCCUUAAAGGAAUGAAAACACAAGGGUUAUUGUUGGUUGAACAAAUUUUUUAUUACUAUAAUUGAAACUUGAAACCAUUUUGUUAAUGGAAGUGUGUGUAAAAAGUCUCCCCUUUAAAAAUAACUAAAAUAAAGGUGAGAUUCUCCGUCCAUUUGCAGUUUUUUUCAAUACCAUAGAUAAGCAGAUGUACACAGUAUGAUAAGCAUCAACUUUUAUAUCAUGGUAUACCUUGAAACUGGUAUAUCACUGCAACCCUAGUACGCACAGUAAAAUGUUUUCUUGGUUUCACAUUGAAGUAAGCCAUACUGGACAUAGCUAUAGGCCAUUUUCAGAGUGCACACUUUGACUUGUCAUUAUAGGAAAAACACAGGUGUUAUUAAUAACUUUUAGCAAUAGAUCUAUUCUAAUUAAGGGUCUCAGUAAACCAUGGUGGUAAUGGUAUUCCCCAAAUCCACACUACAGCAGUGGCCCUCAAACUUUUCACACUGUCCACCUCAGAAAAUAUCAGGCUCUCCAAGUACCACCACAAUGGCCUACCUUAAAAUACAGUGGCUACAGACAGUUCACACAGAAGGCAGGUUUAUUCCUAAUCAUAGUAGCCAGAUGAUUAUUUAUUGUUGACUGUUGUCAGCCUCAGUCGCACUUUGCAAAGGGGCACUUAAACUCUGGCAAAACUCACGUACACCUCAAAAGCCAGCCCCUCGUCAGGUGCUGAGGAGACUUCACUGCCGCUGCUUCAGUAGCCACUGGCACUUGUGCUUGGUUGAUUCUUGUCCACUUCAGUUCAGCAGGGCUGCUCAAAAUACUCUCCUCCUGAUCUGCACUUCUCCUCCAAAUAGCUCCUGUUUGAAGCCACGAUUUUGGUGUUUGCAAACCAUUAAUCUUACCUCAGCUCACCAUCGCAGCUUCGCUUCUAACUAAUCAUGAAUGUGAUAUCAAAAGGCAAAAGUUAUUUUGUAAUUUAAGUAUUUUCAAUCGAAAUAUUUUGAUAGCAUUAUAUAAAGAGAUUACUCCCCAUAUCACAGGAGGGAGCUUGCGUACCACCAGUGGUACACACACCGUAGUUUGGGAACUAGUGCGAUACAGUAUUUACAAAUGUCAAAAUAUAUACUGUUUCAGCAGUUGGUACACAAAAAAUCAACAUAGCCUAUUUAACCAUUUUAUUCUAAUAGAAAAUGAUACAAUAUUUGACAUCAGACGCCAAUCAAACUACGGCUUUUGGAUGUCGCAGUUUGACCUCAGACAUUUACCUAUAUUUACUGCUCCAUAAAAUUGUAUUAAUUGUUUUUAGUCAGCAUAACCUUAUUUAUGUCACACUGGGCCACCUUCAAUAAAGCCAAACAUUCAAAAAAUAAUUUUGUUAUGAGUUUAGGCAGUGGUUUAAGAAGUUCAGAUCCUUUACUGAAGGAAAAGUACUAACACCUACACUACAAGUAAGUCAUGCAUUUAAAACCACAAGUCAUACAUAAAGUAUGAAAAGUGAAAGUACUGAUUGUGCAAUAAAAUGUCGCCUGUCAGUGUUCUCCUUCUAUCGGAUGUUUUUGGAUUAAUAUUCCUGCUGCAUUAAUGUGUAUGUCACAUUUUACUGCUGUAGAUGUUUACGGUUGUGCUCAUUUUAACUCUUUUAUAUACUGUUGGGGAGUUUCAUCUACAGCAAUGCAUCAUAUUCUAUAAGAUCAUCGUAUGUUCGUAGCGUGGCUGUCCUGUGAGACUGUCAAUGUUUCAUGGUGUCAGAAAAACAGACCUGUUUUCAGUUUUGUGAUGAUGCAUUUUCCAGCUGAUCCAAGCAGGUUUUUAAAGAGUUUAUUUAGCUCAAGAAGUGGGGGAUUUUUGCCAACACAUAAAGGAACACUUCAUCCUUAACUUUAUCACAAAAAUUCAAAAUCAACACAUUUUGAGAUGCAUGGUCUUCACUGGAGGGGAAGGGGAUACAAAUGUAAUCUGAAAAGUAACUAAACCAUGUGGAAACAAUAUAGUGGAUUAAAAUUGGAGGCCAUGGUUAUGAAAGGCCAUCUCUUAAAUCUGCAAAAAGACGAAAUUUUUGGCAAGAAAAUCUGAGGUACUGGACAGUUCAGCGCUUCAGAUGUUACCAAGAGCAUUAGUUCAAUGUUGUUUUGACUAUGCUGCCACCCCCUGGUUUAACAGUACAACACAGCACAUUAAAAACUCCAGACUGUCCAAGUAAAUCAGGGUUGAGUUAAGUUACAGUUACCUUCUCCUACCCAUUUUGAUUCAGUGCAUUUUCUACAACGUAUUCAGCCUCCUGUCAAUAAAAGAGUAAUACAAAUCCAGUUGGGACUUACUUAUAAAAUUGUUUAAAAGAACGUCCCCAAAUAUCUGUUCAGCUACUUUAAUAGCUUCAGAGACAGUCACAACUAUUCAACAAGAGGCAGCCCAUCAGAUUUUAUUCUUUUUCGAUUCUGUAGGACAACCACUGCUUCAACCAGCUCAGUCUUGGCAAGGUGCUGAAUACACCAAGAAGUCCAAACUGGUGGGAAAGAUUUUUGCACACUUACACCUAUAAGAGCUUCAUCAGCGCAUACAUGUACAACAAUCUUGAUUCACUGCAUAUAUUUA